CCAGACCGGACAGGCGGACAGCUCUCCUUCGUUCACCUCUCCUCCCCAAAUUUCUUAAACCCUAAUUACCUCAAAACACUUCAUUCUCCUUAAACCCCCAAUUUUGCAACCUUCUUCUUCUCCAAAAAAAAAAAAAAAAACAACCAUGGCAAAAUCCAAGUCACAAGGGCGUCAAUUGGGCAAGCAAAGGCGGAUACAAGAAGGUGAAGAGAUUGAAUUACUCCAAAAAUGGCUUGAAUUUGGAAAACCCGCAUCGGGUUCGAACCCGCUAUCGCUACCUCCACUGCCCCGCGACUCUCCGGUGGGAAAACUGGGUGAUGAUACUUUCUCAAGGUAUUGUGGGGUUGAAUUGUUCAAGCAAAUGCCGUUGUCGAAGAAAACCAAGGAUGGGUUAAGGGAUUCCAACUUUACUCAUAUGACUGAUGUUCAGAGAGCUUCCUUGCCGCAUUCGCUUUGUGGCCGUGAUAUUCUUGGUGCUGCUCAAACUGGGUCUGGAAAAACUUUGGCUUUUAUUAUCCCUGUUUUAGAGAAGCUAUACAAGGAAAAAUGGGGUUCAGAAUUUGGUGUGGGCUGCAUCAUCAUCUCUCCUACGAGGGAAUUAGCUAGUCAGAUUUUUGGUGUUCUGAAGUUAGUUGGAAGGCACCAUGGUUUUAGUGCCGGUCUUCUAAUUGGUGGUCGUAAAGAUGUUGAUGAAGAGAAGGAACAUGUGAAUGAUUUGAAUAUUUUGAUCUGUACUCCUGGAAGGCUGCUACAACACAUGGAUGAAACACCAAAUUUUGAAUGUUCUCAGCUUCAGAUGUUAGUUCUUGAUGAGGCAGACCGAAUUCUUGACAUAGGGUUCAAAAAAGAUGUGAAUGCAAUUGUAUCACAGCUUCCAAAAAAAAGACAAACCUUGCUCUUUUCUGCGACACAAACUAAAUCAGUUCAGGACCUAGCAAGGCUCAGCUUAAGAGACCCUGAAUAUCUUAGUGUCCAUGCGGAAGCUAUUACUGCUACUCCCAGUGGCUUGCAGCAGACUGCUACUGUAGUCCCUCUACAUCAGAAGUUGGACCUUUUGUGGAGUUUUAUAAAGUCACAUUUGAAUUCCAAGAUUUUAGUGUUCCUAACCAGUCGCAAACAGGUAAAGUUUGUUUUUGAGGCCUUCAAGAAACUGCGCCCAGGUAUUCCGCUGAAGUGUAUACAUGGAAAGAUGAAUCAGGAGAGAAGGUUGGGAACAUAUUCUAAGUUCAGUGAGAAACGUGUUGUUUUAUUCUCAACCGAUGUGAGUUCAAGAGGUCUUGAUUUUGAUAAAUCAGUUGACUGGGUUGUUCAGAUGGAUUGUCCAUCAGAUGUUGCAAGUUACAUACACAGAGUUGGCCGCACUGCGCGAUACACUGCCGGUGGGAAAGCUAUUUUAUUUGUGGAGCCGUCAGAAAUAAAAAUGCUUGAAAAAUUAAAAGAACAGAAAAUUCCAAUAAUUGCAAAAACGAUAAACAAAGAGAAAUUGCAGUCUGUUUCUCCUCUGCUAGCGUCUAUACUAGUGAAGUAUCCUGAUAUGCAACAAUUGGCUCGAAGAGCCUUCAUAACAUAUCUAAAGGCUGUGUGUAAAGAAAAAGAUAAAGAAGUUUUUGAUGUGAUGAAACUUGGGAUUGAUGAUUUCUCGGCAUCAAUAGGUUUACCACUGACGCCAAAAAUUCGUUUCCUAAAUCAGAAAAUCGCUGGCGAAAGUUCUUCAAAAUUAAGCCGAACUGUGGAAAUAGACAAUUCUGCUGCUGAAAAUUUGUUGGAAACUACAAAAACAGAGAGUAGUGAAUCUGAUGAAGAUGAAUCUGAUAAUGACCUUUUAGGAAAAGAGAUUUCGUCUGAAUUGAAGCCAGCAAUAACUGAAAUCGAUUCUGUUGUGCCGGCAACCAGGGUUUUGAAGAAAAAAAAGCUGAAAAUUAAUAUUCACAGACCCGUAGGCACAAGGGUUCUCUUUGAUGAAGAGGGUAACACUCUUCCACCCCUUGCAAGUAUAGCAGAUACAAAUGGGACAAAUGAUUCAUCUGCAAUUGAUGUCGAUAAAGUGCAAGAACGGUAUCAGAAGAUGAGGGAAAUGUUAAAGCAAGAGGAUAAAGUGGACAAGAUCCAUGCUCGUGAGCUCCGCAAAGAGAAAAGACUGAAGCAGAAAAUGAAGUUGAAGAGGGAAAGGACGGAAGAGGAUGUCUCUGAGUCAGAUGAAGAAGCCACUGCAAGCCUACCCAACAAAAAGUCUAAAUUAUAUUUCGACAGUGACAACGAUAGCGACAAUGAGAUGGACACAGAAGAUAAGAAAAAGGUGGAUAUCAACACUAAUAAAAUGUCUUUGGCAGAGCAAGAGGAUCUGGCUCUAAAGUUGCUGGGUUCAAUGAACUCUUAACAUUUGUUUGAGAAUUGAGAGGUGUUAUAAAUACACAAGCAAAGUUCUGUUUCCAAAGGAUGCCUACAGAGCGAGCUUAAUUCAUCUCACUUAUUCCUGACUCUGGAAAUGGCUUGCCGGUGCAUCCAGAUGUGAAUGCUUGGUAUGAUUUCUGAAGUCGAAGUAAAUUCCAACAGUUUUGAAGAGUGAGUAGCAGUGUUUCUUUCAAGGCUCUAAGGGAUGGUUAGUAUUGGUUUGUUUUAGCCCUCCUAUGAGAAUUUUGGUAGAUUAUAGUAUACAUGCAAUUUUGCUCUAUUAUAUUGUACUGUAUCUUAAUAUCUUGACAUGGCUGAGGAUAUUUGAAUGAAAUUUUCUUUAAAUUAAUGAAUGAGAAUUUGGUAGGAA